CUAAUUCUACAGGAAGCCACCUGCCGUCCUCUCAGUUUACAGCUCUGUCUCCAGUCGCGAUACACUUCUUCUCAACCACAUCUGGAAUCCCAUUACUAGGACACUGCGGAGUGAAGUUUCAACCAUGUAUAAUUACGGAGCUCCCGGGUACAACCCGCCGCCGGGUUAUGGAGCUCCUCCGCCUGGGAUGGGCCCACCGCCAGGAAUGGUGCCUCCCGGCGCCGCACCACCUGGUAUAUCCCCAUCGCCCACUCCAGCGCAACCCCCGGCUCUUGGCGGGCCUCGAAAUCUUCCCCCAAAUUGGCAACCACCUGCGAACAUGCCGAAUAUCAACUUCAAUGCGCCAGUCAUCAGGCUGGGCACUUCGGAUAGACCUCGCAUGGGCAUGGAAGGCGGAGGUGGGCGUAGAGACGGUGGAGCAAUGCCUUCGCGUCGAGGCCUGGGAAUGGAUUCUAUGAUGCGGGACGCCGAUGGCCCUAGAGGCAGAGACACGCAGCAGAUCAUUCCUCCCACGCGCGAGGAGAUUGCGCGGACUAUCUUUGUCGGAAACAUACCGCCUGGCGUCGGCGGUGAUGAAGGGAUGGAGCGUAUCCUCGCCAGUGCCGGAGGCCUGGUCCGUUGGAUAAGAGCCACGGAUGCAAACAACAAGCCGCAAACGUUUGGUUUUGCCGAGUACGAAGAUGCACAGGGUCUGGAAACGGCGGCGGAGAUCUUCAAGAACGUGGAAGUGCCGACCAAGCGUCAGGAACCGGGAGUGAAGAAGGAGGGAGAGGAGGUUGAGAUUGAGAAGACGAAGUUGUUGGUCAUGGUCGAUGAUGCCUCGAUUAAAUAUGCUGAGGAGUGGAAAGCCCGUCGAAAUGAGGAUGAGAGCAUAGCACAGUUCCGCAUUGAUCAGGCGAGACAGACGCUUGAGGGCGUGCUGGCGAGUCUUUUCCAUCCACCACGUCCUCUUCCUGUGGAUCACAUGGAAGACGUCAAAAUGCAGGACGUGCCUGCACACGACACAGAGGGCGUGGAAAUCGUCAAUAUCGCCUUUUCUGCCGAGGACGAGCUUGCGGAUAUCCCUCCUGAGAUGCGCGAAAUCGUAGCAGCCGAGAUUGCUGCUUUUCGCGACCGAUCAAACCGCCGCGACCAGGAACGACUACGUAGGGAAGAAGAGCUCGAGGCGGAAGAGCGCCGCCGAAGUGGCAGGCGUGCCUCGCCUCCACCGUUGGCUCCUACUGGACCGGGCGGGGCAAACGGUGCUAAUGGAGUACCUCUAGGACCCAGAGCUGAUCGCGGUGUCCAAGGAGCCCCCAGCGGACCGAAAGGCUCUCAAUUCCCUCGAGAUUACCAGGCGGGAGUAAACUUCAUCAACGGCGGUGCGUUGAAUAACGGUACUUACAUCAACCGUGAAGACGACGAUGACCCGGCUAGCGAUGAAGAAUUGGAGCGCCGUCGUCGGAAGGCCAAGCAAGACGAGCUGGACGAUCUUUACAGGAAGAAAUUGAGCCAAUGGAUGAAACAUGAGAACAGGAAUGCCACAUCUUUGGAGCGAACCUCUGACCGCAUGAAGAACGAAGAGGCGGAGAAACAGAAGGCACGUGAUUCUCAAGCCAGGUUUCUCGAGGAAUUUGAUGAUGACGACGAGGCUUCGAAGAAGCACCUCCUCUACUGUAAGGAUCACAGCCAAUAUCUGCGCGAGCGUGAGAAGACGAGGGAGCGGGAAGCCAGAGAUGAUGCCCAAGAUCGAGCACAGGAGCAGCGAGAGAUCGCCGCCACCCAGAAGAAGGCAGAAGUUGCUCGCGGUCUGGCCGACUCGUUCCUGGAGCAGCAGGCCGAGGAGCUGGCAAGAGCACCUCGUCAAGCCGAACCCUUCAAGCUUUCGCUCGGAGCAGCAGCGAAGAAGAUCGAAGCGGCUGCUGCACCACGCCGCACCGUCGCCGAGGUUGAAGACAUGCUCGAAGACGAAGAGAUGGUGGAAACUCCCACGACCAAAAAGCGUACUCUUGUUCCCAUCAGCUUCGAUCCUUCAGUUCGUGCCAAUCUUACCGCGGAGGAGAUUGUCGAAGCGCAGCAACAGCUCGCAAGGGAGAUUCCAAGCGACAAGGAGGGCUUGUGGGCGUGGAAGGUCUCAUGGGAGCAUCUGCCUGCUAAGAGCAUCGACACAGACAUUAGGAGGUGGGCGGAGAAGAAGGUGUUGGACAUCAUGGGUAUCCAGGAAGAUUUGCUGGUUGACGCUAUCGUGGAUCAUCUUAAGAACAAGGGUGAACCGCAGGAGUUGGUGGAUAACCUGGAAGUGGCCCUGGACGAGGAAGCAGAAGGAUUAGUUAAGAAGCUUUGGCGUAUGGUUAUUUACUACAGUGAGCAGGAGAAACGAGGUAUCAAAUAAGCGGGAAGAGGGAAAGGCUCCGGGUCCUAUCGGUCGACCAAUAUCACCCCUUUAGAUCCAGCGUGGAGAACCCGGUUCAUGCUUCUUCUCGUUUGGGCUUGACCUUGGUUGUCCCAUUAGCAGGGGGGUAUGAAACGGAAUGUAUACCAUGAUACUGGUGCUUUAUCCACAGGCUUUUGAGCACAAGCGUAAGGAAAUAUAAGUACGGUGGGCUUCCAUGGUGGCUUCCUUCGCAGUCAUGCCACUGUGUCUUGAUAGGUUGGAUCCUUUGUUAAGAUGACCGAGAUGGCUUCAAAGACAUUUCAUAUGCCGGCUUCCAAGUCUUCCGCGUUUGUUAAGCUAUCUUUUUAGUUUUCCGGUGCUACAGUCCAUCUAUCUCCCUUUC